AUGUUGCGAGGUCUGAAAGCGGUGUCCUUUUUGGCUAUGCUCUGCAACGUCGAUGCGCGUAAAUCCUCACUGUUUUAUGGCAUUAUACUCCUGGUCGUGACAGCCACAUUAAAAACAAAAAUCUGGAAGGUUCCAGAUUUAGAAUUUGUUCCAGGAGAUUUAGAUAUUUUAGAGAAAAUUUAGAUGUUUAGAUUAUAUACGAAUACGAGAACUCGAACUCUCAUCUACUCGAACAAAACUGAAAAUAACCGAGUUACUGACUGAAAUAAGGGAGGUAGCUUUGACAGGGCUACUCUUCCUUGUUCAAUAUCUCGCUUAUUUUAAGUAGUUACUUGCUUAUUUCAGUUUAUCGAGUACUCUCUCUCUCUCUUCUAAUCCUCAACGCAGUGGCAGCAGAAGAAGCAACCAGUGACCGGUGAGGUGUUUUUCAGCGAUAACAAAAUUUAUGGCGCUGGUGUGGGAGGGUCCCAGAGCUCCAUGGAUUGCCAGAAAGUUCCAGAAAAUUACAAGCAAAGCUCCACCGAACCGCGAAUCAAAGUACUUGGUUUUCUCUUGGGUGAAGACAAUGUCUAAUGAAUCCAAAUCUAAGGGGACUUUCUGAACUUCUAUCUAUAAAUUUUCUAAAUGCUACUUCUCUCACCCCUAAACCUACGGAGAUUGUGCAUGUGCUUGUCAAAAUGAGCUUCUCUUUCUUCUAAAUUUUCUGAAUCCGUGACAUCCCCAGGUAUGCGGUACGAAUUUGAAGGUGACUUUGUACCUCUGGAACGACUGCGCGGCCGGGUCAGCGAAACCACUGGAGAUUGGAUCUUGCGAUAGCUCGAAGCCAGCCAGCACCUGCGAGGAAUUUGCACCGGGUUCCGACGGCGCGCCAUUGGGCAUGCAGCACUUCUUGUCCUACCAGAUCUCGAACUGCGAGGCAUAGAGGCUCCUACAAAGACUUCCUUUUUUCACCAUUGAGUCGUGGGUGAGACUGAAUAAACCUUGAAGAUUGGAUUGUAGAAGUAGUCUUGAGCAGGUACUAUGUUUCCGAUACGGAGAAGGACCUUUUCUUUCCUUGAGUAGUUCUGUGGAAGUACUAAAUAGUCUAAUCGAUUGAACAGUUCGCUGUAAUCCUCUUAGAUUCAUCAUGAUCAUUGUUUUUUCCACAUUCUACAAAGUAACAUUGUUUCCAAGUAAUCACUGACCCAUUCAGGUUCUACCAUGAAUCAACAACUUUCUCCAGAGAUGAGUUCCAAUUUUUCCACAGCUGACCCAUGAUGAAGAUGAUCAUUUACCAGAAAAUCUAGGAAGCAAUCCAGCUUGACAAGACUAGAAGAGGGCACCAGCGUCACUUACCCCGCCCUCAAGGCGAUGAACAAACAGAAAAAUGAGUUGAGGACAGUAAAGCGUUACAAGGCGAUAGGCCGUAUGCUACUGGUGCUUGUGAAUCCUAGCGAUAUGAAAAUUGCGACAUGUGCGAGGGAAC